ACUAAAAUAUUUAUAAAACCGUUUAAAAACGAUUACAAUGUCUCUGCAACUUGGAGGACUUCUUUGCCGAGUUUGCCUGGAACAGGAAGAAUCCUGGGUGACCACCUCCACCUUGUGGAGACCUCAAAAAGGUGGACCUCAAAGAUGGACAUUCAAAGUAUUUGGGCCAGGAGUGCACCAACGAACUGCUCAUCGCCGCCAAGUUUCGCAAAAAGUGCGCGGAGGCGAAGAAAAGGUUAAAGGAUAAGGCUUCCAGAGAACAUUUGGACAUGGAGGAACCCCUGCAUGCGGAUGAAAUCAUUUCUCUGGAUCCCAGCGACUUCAUUGAGAUGCUGCAAUCGGCUACAGAGGAUUGCAAGGCAAAACGUACAGAAGUGACCAACAACAACUGCCAGAUUUGUGGGGCCGUUUUCCAGCAAUCCGCGGCACUAUGUUUCCACAUGCUAAAAGUUCAUGCCUCCAUUUCCACGUAUGAAUGCGAGCUGCGGUUUUUUACGGAUCUCAGUGGCCUCAAAAGCCACAUGCGCUGCAGGCCGGGUGCGGGAGCUCAGGUGAAGAGAUACAGGUGCCCAAAAAGCGGCAAGUGGCUACAAUCCUUCUCCAGCCUGGCUGCCAACAUGCGCCAGCACAGCGAAGAAAGACCCUUCGCCUGCGAUCUCUGCCCCAAGACCUUCAAAACCAACGGAUCACUGAUGGUCCACUGGGGGCUGCAUCGCUGCAAAGUGUGCGACAAGACCUUCAGUCGGGCGGGGCAGCUCUGCAAGCACGAGAUGCGUCAAGGGGCGUCACAGUGAUAAGCUGCAGCCGCCGAUUUUGGCCAACGCACUCAGUUCGCGGUCAAGGUAAAAGCUAUCAGCUGCCUUAUCAGUGGAUUCGGAGGCUUCCUCGAAUGUAAAGGUUAGGAUUGGAGCCCACAAACGUUCGAGUUCUCAAAGCGAAGAGAUGUACAAAAGUCGUGUGGUCUUUGGAAUAAUUUUGCUGAUGCUUUGUGCGGAGGGCAGCCUCUCAUCCCAUCGUAGAAAGCGCGGAGUUCAUGUUAAACUGCCAGGGAUUGCAAGCACCGCUUCUGUGUCCGGGGCCGUGCGCAACUUGAAGGAGAAGAUUGAGCAGCAGACGGCCGUGCUUAAUCGCCUGGCCAAUGCCACGGAGAAGCUGGCGGAAACUAGGCAGGACUUGGGCUUCCUGCGCAACUGUGCGCUGACUCAAAAGUACGGCUACACCCGCAUCCAACUGGAGGAGGGCAGCAAGCCGUUCGACGUAUUCUGCGAACAGGCUCUUAACGAGGGCGGCUGGACGCUGGUCUUACAGCGAUUCAACGGCACUCACCGCACUGCGCAGGAGUACCGCGAUGGCUACAACAGCAUCGAGGCGGGAGAGUACUUCCUGGGCACCGACAAACUAUACGCAUUGACCCACUCGCGCGACCACGAGCUGCUCUUCGUGAUGGAGUUUGUGGACAGGACGACUCGCACCUUCCAGGCGCAGCGGUUCGUGCUGAAGAGCCCCACCGCCCAUCUGGAUUGGGAAAUGGAGAAGGACACCGCCCGCUACAGUUGGUCCUUGUGGGAGCAGGAGAUCGCCCGAUUGCCAGCGGGAGUGCCGUGGGAGUUGCACGACAGCUGUCCUGGCAGUCUGUGUGGCCCCGAGCGAUUCAUUGUCUUCCUUCUGAAGUGGAACUUUGCCCAGCAAAACCUUAAUCCGAUAAUGGGACGUCCAGCCAUUCGACUUUACAAGCUGCUCUUGCGUCCAGCCAACGCCUACUGGACUGUUCGAGAGCCAUGAUU